UGAUAUACGUCGCUCUGCUCUACAGCCGUCCGCCUAUUGUUAUACUGUGAGUAGCUUGGAGUAAUAUCCGUUUCCGAAACGCAGGUACUCUGGCAAGAACGGAGAAAUGUCAGUUUCGCAUGGAGUAAAAAUAAAUUCUUAAUACAAUGACGUCAUAAUAGCAGUUUGGGCGUUUCAACAGAAUUGACAGCUUUUGCUCCCAGUCCCUUCUCCCCCACCACCUGCUUUCAACUCGUGAUAAGCACUAGACAAACUCCCUUGAACAACCAUUUGCUUCCCCUAUUCUACCAUUUGUAUUAAUGCCGCAUGGGAGUGGCGAAGGGAUUGAGCACGGUAGGAGAAAGCCAACGGAACUGCUGUUUGCCAAGCGUCAAGUGUUCCUCUCCACCUCACCCCGCCAUUAUAUGGUUCGUGUUGGCUCGGUUCAGGGCUGUUCUCGUUCUCUCGGCUAUGAUCGUCGGCGAAAGUCUCUUUGUUCUACUUUGAGACUAUUUUAUCCCAGAGUUUCGACCUUACAAGUAUAUGUUUAUCUGUGAUGAACACUUUUUUUUUCUGUCUCUGUGCACGGCUUGUAUGUUCCGUCACGCAAUAUGUCUUCUAAGACCAACAACAGACUAUUCCAUUCCUUCGUCUCAUGGGUAAGGAAGGAUGCACAUCUAAGCGAGUGAGAAGCACUGACCGCUGAAGUUGAGCUGGUGAACACGAAUUCAAUAUCUUGCUGUAGUCCUCGGCGUCUACUGUUUUGUUACACAGCAAGAUAGUCAGUGCUGUGUUAGAUCUUCAACCGUUUGGAUUUCGAAAUAGUGGAAUUUGUAUUUCAUUUAUUUCGUGUUUGUGUUUGGCAGAGUUGAGCGAUGUUCGUGACAUCUAUCGGGUGGCCAUGAACAACUCCCCAGCAACAUCAGCUUCUGAUGAUUUGGGAAAUGGGAAACUCAACAGUGCUGUGAGUGACUGGACAGAAGAUAAAAUUAAGGCAGCAGAAAAGCAAGAGACAGAAAAGGAACCUUUACAGUGUAUAAUUCAACAGCAUCAUAAUAACUUAUAUUGUAAAUACUGUGACAAGACCUAUCAUUCCUUUGUCGAAUUUCACCAUCAUCUUCUGUACCAUGUUCAGCUUCCAAAUAUUAUUGUUCAGCGUCUCAAUCCUUCCUAUGUUCGGCGUAUAGUUUCGCACAAAACGUCAAGAAGUGGACACAAGGGGAGAAGGCGUAAUUUUGCUCGUAAACACACAAGAUCAUACAUAGUUCCAAGAGUUAAAAAUAAGGUACCUGGACCUUUGAAAUUGACUCUUAAAUUAGCUUCUGACGCUACUACAGAUAAACCAUCAUUUGAAGUUGUGCCACAAAAGAUUCUGUCUGGACCAGGUGGUCUGUAUUUUGCAAACGGAGUUCUAGACGAAGUUAAGACGGAGGUUUUUACUGGGAGUGAAGACGUGGAGUGGAAUAGUAAAAGUGUGGAUGGGAAGGGAGAGGGGGCGGGAUGGACGUCAGAAAGUGUGUUGGAGUCAUCUGAAGAAAAUAGUGGCAUUAGCAAGGGGGGAAGUGUGGAACAAGACAAGAGUGAAGAAGAGGUUGGAGGGUGGAAGGAUAAGGAAGUGACGAGAGAUAAGUUGGAAGAGGGAGCCCAAAACAGAGAAGAAGCUACUGAGGACCCUUGUCUCAAUACCAUAGCUGAUUCGAACUUGGAUGAUAACCAGCAACAAGAGGUUGUUAGUACGUGUCCCAGUCCAAGUCCAAGUGAACAGCUUCGCCCAGAAUUUCUUGCUCCUGAAGAAGAAUCGUGUGAUAGCCUACCAUCAUCUCCAGCAAUGGUUGAGGUCAGUGGUACAACUAUAGCAGAAGCUGGCUCACCAGCAUUUCCCACAUCAUCACCAGCACCACCUGCAACAUCUGGGGACUCCAACUCCCACCAUUUAGCACCUGAAGAGGAUCGGCAGUCUCCGUCUGUGGAUAAUCCUGAAGAAGAACUGCAGUCUGAAUCAGGAGGUCGAGAUGAGCAUAAUAAUGAGCAAAGUAAUGAAAUAUCCUUACCUUCAGAAACAGGAAAUUUCACUUGGAAUGACAUUGCCAAUGUACCUGCUGCUGCUGCUGAUGACCCAGUGUCUAAUACAGGGACAUUAGAGGAACGAGAUCCUUUAAUGAUACCUGAUCAGACAUCAGCAGACCCAGGGCAUGAAAAUGAUAAUUCAGGCCCUUUAAGUGGAAGGAAUUCAUCAGAUUCCCUGCUCCGUGGCUUCCUCUGUGAUCCUUCCACAGGUGAUAAGGCUAUAGCAGUUACUACAUCAGGUUCUGCUGUGGUUGGGAAUGUACUUGAUGGCUUAGGAUCAGAAUAUAUUUCAUUGGAACGCCUUGGAGAAACUAGCACUUUAGCAUGCUGCGAUGUGUGUGGUGAACAGACAUCAAAUUUGGACGAACAUCGGGCAAGGUCUGGACAUUAUAAAUGUGGACACCAGGAAUGUGGGAAUCUGGUUUUUUCAAAUCUGGGUGAAUUAGCUUCUCAUCAACAUGUCAGUCAUGGCAGCAGUGGACAGUCUUCAUCACAGCCUCCAUCAACUCAGCCAUAUUCAAUGCCACAUCACCAGCCACCACCUGUACAGCAAUUGGCUCAACAAGUACAGCGUUUGCCAAUUCCACCACCACAGCAGUUGUCUCCACAUCAGAUGAACCACCAUUCUUCACAGCCAGUGGUGCAGCAGAUGUCUCCACAGCUUCAUCAGCUAAUGCCCCCCCAGCAACCUUAUCCUCAGCCUCCAGUUCGCCGUCCACCACCCUUGUAUCGUGUGCCUGGUUCUGGUAAUGUGCCUGGAACACCUCCAGGAAUGCAACACCAGUAUCCUAAUCAUUCACAGCAACCCCAGCAGCAGCAGCAUAUGAUGCCACCACAGAUGUACAGUCAACAACCUUACCCGCAGUCUCAGAAUAAUUACCCUGCACCUGCAGGUUCUUUGCCCACUCCCAGGCCAUAUAGUAACAUGGGUCAACAACUAAAUCGUCCACGAGCCCCAUCACAACAUAGUAUGCAGCGGCCAAAUAUAGUCCAACAGCAGCAGCAGCAGCAGCCUAGAAUGGGGUUACAACAGAAACGGCCAGCUGUUGUGACUAAUUCACCUGGUAGCUCACCUAAUAAGCAAAGAAGAAUGGAUGUGCUUCUACCAGACAGACAUGACGAUGCCGAUUGUCAUGUGAUAGCGAUGCAAAAAAGAACAGACAGUGGACCAGUGAUCGGGAAUGUUCAGGGUGCUACAAAUAACAGUGGACGUCCUGAGUCAAUGAUUCACUUGACAGACUCUAUUACACUGUCUGUUAGGCAGCCUCAAGGAGGUGCAGGUGUGGGCCAGCCUGUAGUAAGUGGAGGGAAAAGUAAGAGUGACGCUAAGGCUGUAGCUAACAUUCUGGCUACCCGGGGCAUCACAGUUACGCCUGCUGGUGGAACAGGUGGCCGUUCUGUCACACAACAGAGUCCACAGCAGCAACAAAGACAGGCACGGCCAUCUCCGGCAACGCAGUCGGCAUCACCGGCUGCUUCACAGCCAAUUACUACCCUUAAUUUGAACUCAGCCAUAUCUAUCAUAGCUCAGCCUACUGCAUCAUCAUCCAGACAGCAGCAGGGAAACUUUGCAGUGCCUCAUGGACGAGGAAAUGUGAGCCGGUCGCAGAAGCUUGUGGAACGUCCGCCCCGCCCUCCUACUGUAGACUUAACGGGGGAUGGUCCUCCUCCACCCCCAUUACUGCACAGUGUCUCAAGAGGAAGAGGCAGGGGCAGAGGUGUGAUGGGGCGAUAUGCAUGCCAAGUGUGUGACAAAGUUUUCUCAACACAAGAGAGCCUUAAUCAGCAUAUGACUCUUCAUCGUAGCCCAGGAAAACUUCCAUAUAGAUGCAGUCUUUGCUCUGCUCAAUACCCAACACAGCAAGGUUUGCUCCAGCACAGACAGGCAUAUCAUAAGGAGCCAGCUGUACAGCCUGGUGCUGAGUUAGCCGUACCUAUAGUAGAUCUGAAAGCACCAGGUGCUCUGAACCGAUUGGCUGGCCUUGGUAUACAUCACUAUGUCCCUCUGUCACAACUAGUGAGUCAGUCAGGAGGCUAUUUUGGAUUGCCAAUAGUAUCGGUGGAUGGAGCACGUAACCCUGCCGUAUGUAACUUGGGAAGCCUUGGUGCUUCGUCUGUGUUGUCAUUAGGCCCCCUUAAACACCUAGGCAGGUAGAUUUGCUCUUUCUGUUUUUGGCUGUGUAUGGAUGUUUCUUCAGCUGUUAAGAUUACAUUAGGAGUUCAGUUAUGCUUAUGACUGCCAAGUAAAUUGUUGUUUGUAUUUUUAUGCAUAUGUGUAUUAUAUUCACAAAGUUAUUUUGUUGUUUGAAAGAGGUUAUUUUGUGUUUGAAAGAGGUGCUUUCUGUUUAUUUCAGUAAGGUAGUUUAUUUUGUACUUCUGUUGGAAGAUUUGCAGUAAAUAUUUGUAACUUAUUGGCAGUGUAGGAGAUGAAGAAAUUAGUCUGUGAACAGUAAUAAAUUUUAAAAGAAAUUUAAGUUUGCAAAGAGUUUUAAGUAUCUCAGGAUCACCAGCUGAGGAAGGAUGUUUACCAUUUAAAUGUUUCCUUGUCAAGUGUGUAGCAAUUGAUGGUAAUCUUAAUGCAUUUUAAGGAACUGCAUUAUGUAGCAACAAGAUUGGUAAGACUUGGAUAUUUAUAUGAAAAGAAGCGAUAAACUAAGUUUGCAUUUUGUAAUUUUCCUUUAAUUGUGUAUCAGUGUUUGAAUCUCCAUUAAGCUCCAGUCUAGAAUGUUGAUAUGAGAUAUUGCAAACAUGUUUCUUCAAAUAUGUAACUCGUACAAAUCAACUUGUUGGUAUAAUAUACCAUAAUUUAGAAGAAUGCCUUCAAGUUAACUAGGAACUUCCUAUUAAAUAACUGAAUAUGCAAGUUGCCUUAUGUCAGAUUCGUAGGUACGCAAAUAGAAACAAACCAAAACACCUUGAUGUUUGAUGACAGCAGGCAGUUCUUACGAGGAGCACACCAAGUUCAACAAAGAUUUGUUAUUGAAGAAAUAUGCUUUGGAUAUACAGUAAAACCUCGGUUCACGAAUGCCUCGGAUCACGAACAAUUCAGUUUACGAACAAAUUUUCCGAACACAAAGCGUCUCGGAUUACGUACUGUGUCUCGAGUUACGAACAUGCAAGCCGUC